AUGACAACCCCGCGCCGCGCCCUCUUCAUCGCCUCAAUCGGCAAUCAAAAACCCUAUCGCCGGACACGCCACAGCGCAGGCCACAUUCUCCUCGAUGCGCUGACGCCCCUGUUGCACACCCGUUUCGGCGGCUUGAAUUCGUACUACACGACCUACGAGAGUAAAUCAUUCAUGAACGUCUCGGGUCCGAAACUUGUCCGCGCUUUGAAUGCCUGGUUAGCACAGACCGAUAAAUUGGUUGGACCUCCGCGUACCGGGUUCGAAGUACCCUCGCCAAUCGGGGUCCCUGCGACGCUGGUGAUAUUACACGAUGAGCUGGAAGCGCCGUUGGGCAAGGUGCGAGUUCGGAGGGGGGGACCUGAGGUUGCGAGUUUGAGGGGACACAGGGGGGUUGAUCAGUUCUUUUGA